GAGUCAUUGCCCAAUUGCCCGCAUAACCUUAACCUAAUUCCCAAAAUCCCCAUUCCCCUGCUGGCUUGCUGCGUCCGCCGUUCCUCGACCUCCUAAUCGUCGACGAGCAUCACCUCGCAGCCUCGCCACCGAUCAGAAGUUCGCUUCUGUUUGCCGCCUUCUGCGGUUGAGAUCGUCAUCGCCGUCGAUCCCGAACUAUCUGCCCGUUCUAGGCGUGGUAGUUCUUCUGCCUCUGAUAUGCCAUUUUAUCCAGGCUCCUUCACCGUUCGGGUUCAACUCUCCUCUCGUCAUUCGGCGUGAUAUACAUAUUAUACAUGGCAACAGCUGAGGCCGCUCCGGCUGCUCUUGGUCCACGAUACGCACCUGAUGAUCCCACCCUUCCAAAACCCUGGAAGGGAUUGAUUGACGGAAGUACGGGUCUAUUAUACUAUUGGAAUCCUGAAACCAACAUCACCCAGUAUGAAAAGCCUACAGCGCUGCCACUACCCUUACCUGCUGGGCCACCUGCUGCAGCUUCUACGCCCAAGUUGGCUCCCAUACCAGCGGCUCAUUCAGUGCAACCUGGUGGGGUGGUGGCACAGCAUGGGCAGCAGUUACUACAAACCUCUCACCAACAGGGACAGCAAAUGAGCCACCUAUCCCAACAGCAUAGUCCCCAGGUGGCACAGGUUGCUCAGCAGCAACCUUCUCAAGGAGCACAAGCUGGACAACAACAGAGUUCACAGUCACUGCAGUCUAUGCCACAACCAGGUUUGCAACAAGUCCGACAGCCGCAGAUGUUACAGCCUCUGAGUCAGCAAAUUCCACCACACCAAAUGCAUCAUCAGAUGCCACAACAAGCCAUCCAUUCACAACCUUUUGGGCAAGGAGCUACCCAGGAUCAUAGUUCAUAUAUGGGACAGCCACAAGCUCAUCAAUUCAGUCACCAGAACCCACAUUACAUGCCGUAUUCACAAAGCAUGCACUCAAAUGGGCAGCAAAGUUCCCAACCGAUCCAGCAUAACAUGCAUGGUCAGCCAUUGGAAAAUCAACAGGAGUUUAAAGCAGCAUUCCCAAAGAUAGAGGAUGUAGAUUUUAAAAAUGGAAGUCAAGUUGGACUUUCACCAUCCCAGUAUCAACAAAAGAGUGCCUUGCCUCUGCAAAGCAAUCAGAACAUUCCUGUUGGUAUUUCCUCUGUCCAGGGGCCACGUGUUGGUGUUCAUGCUGGCCAAGCACAACCAUUUGGUGCUUUGUCUGGUAGCAUGCAGCAACCUUCUGCAGCAAUUCAAUCGCAGCAGGGUAGUGCUGAUUUAGUUUAUCAACAUCGUCAUAGUUUUCAAAACCAGAUGGGCCCAGGAAUGAUGCAUGGUCAGCCAUCUAAUGCCCAUCCUGUUGACCUAAAGAUGGGACAUGAGGAUAAUUUACGUGUUAGAGCUGCGAAUGAAUAUUACUACAACUCUGGCAAGGAGAUGACAUCAAUGGGUUCUCAGCAGCCAAAUAUUGCACCAAUACCUAUUUCAAGAAAUCAGCAGGCUUAUCAGCAGGAUAUGAGGAUCGGCAGUUCCCCUUUUCAAAAUGCAACGCCUGGUGGAAAUGGGGUAAAUGGUGUCCCAGGGGAUGGUAUGCAUAACAUGUUUAAUCCUCCGAUUGGGGGCCCUCCACCAGUUGCUAGCAACUCCUUGACAAGGCCUCAUGUCACUGAUCUGUCACCUGCUGAAAUUUACCGUCAGCAGCAUGAAGUUACAGCAACGGGUGACAAUGUUCCUCCCCCCUUCAUGACAUUUGAUGCUGCUGGGUUUCCUCCAGAGAUUUUGAGAGAGAUCUAUUCUGCGGGCUUCUCAACUCCAACACCUAUUCAAGCUCAAACAUGGCCUGUUGCACUACAGGGUAGGGACAUAGUGGCUAUUGCCAAAACAGGCUCUGGAAAGACAUUGGGUUACUUAAUGCCAGCAUUUAUGAUUCUUAGACAGAGGCGUAACAAUCCCCAGAAUGGCCCCACAGUGUUGGUAUUGGCUCCAACACGUGAACUUGCAACACAGAUUCAAGAUGAAGCCAUAAAAUUUGGCCAAUCUUCAAGGGUCUCCUGCACGUGCUUGUAUGGUGGGGCACCAAAAGCUCUUCAGCUAAAAGAGUUAGAUCGUGGAGCAGACAUUGUCGUUGCUACACCUGGCCGGCUCAAUGACAUACUUGAGAUGAAGAAAAUUGACUUUGGGCAAGUCUCACUUCUUGUGCUUGAUGAGGCUGAUCGAAUGCUUGAUAUGGGUUUUGAGCCUCAAAUCCGUAAGAUUGUGAAUGAGAUACCGCCACGCAGGCAAACUCUUAUGUACACAGCAACAUGGCCUAAAGAAGUACGAAAAAUUGCUGGUGACCUCCUUGUUAAUCCUGUCCAAGUUAAUAUUGGAAAUGUUGAUGAGCUUGCUGCAAAUAAAGCUAUCACACAGUAUGUUGAAGUUGUCCCACAAAUGGAGAAACAAAGGCGUUUAGAGCAGAUCAUCAGAGCCCAAGAACGAGGUUCCAAGGUCAUAAUAUUUUGUUCCACAAAGAGGUUAUGUGAUCAACUGGCCCGUGGCAUGGGCCGUAAUUUUGGAGCUGCUGCAAUCCAUGGAGACAAGUCUCAAGGUGAAAGAGACUGGGUUUUGAAUCAGUUUAGGACUGGGAAGUCGCCAAUUCUAGUUGCCACUGAUGUUGCUGCCCGUGGGCUUGACAUCAAGGAUAUAAGGGUUGUGAUCAACUAUGAUUUCCCUAAUGGAAUUGAGGACUAUGUGCACCGUAUUGGACGAACAGGAAGGGCUGGAGCCACCGGAGUGUCAUACACCUUUAUCUCUGAGCAGGACUGGAAACAUGCAGGUGACUUGAUUAAAGUUUUGGAGGGUGCUAACCAGCUUGUGCCUCCAGAGUUACGACAGAUGGCAUUGCGUGGGCCAGCUAACUUUGGAAAGGAUAGGGGUGGAAUGAGCCGUUUUGACUCUGGUGGUGGCCGUUGGGAGUCUGGUGGCCGUGGUGGCACAAGAGAUGGCGGCUUUGGCGGUCGUGGUGGCAUGAGAGAUGGCAGCUUUGGUGGUCGUGGUGGCAUGAGAGAUGGUGGUGGGUUUGGUGGUCGUGGUGGCAUGAGGGAUGGUCCAGGUGUGCAAGGUGGAAGAGGUGAUUUCUUUCCUGGUAGGGGCAACAGGGGUCGGGGAAUGGGUGGCCCUAGAGGUGGUCAUGUUGGCUGGGGUAGGGGUGAACGUGACUCUCAUGAUCGUUACAGCAUGGAUGGGCGAGGACGUGGGCGUGGCCGUGGGCGUUUUGACAACAGAAGAGAUAUGAGUUACAGGAAUAGAGGCAGAAGUUACAGCCGCAGUCCUGAAAGGGUUCGAACAUGGGAUUAUAGCAGAAGUCGCAGUAGAAGCAGAAGCAGAACACGAAGCAGGAGUAGGAGCUGGAGUAGGGGUCGCAGUCGAAGUCGCAGCUGGUCUCGUGGCCAGAGUCGCAGUUACAGCCGGAGUUGCAGUCGCAGCCAUGGCCGCAGGAGUCGAAGUUAUAGCCGCAGCCGCAGCCGCAGCCGCAGUUGCGGCCGUAGUCAAAGCCACAGCAAUGAUAGACGUGAUAGACCGGAUCAACUUAUUUCUGAUCAGAAUGAGCAUAGAGCACAAGUAGAAGCUACUGAACCAAGAACAGUCACUACGUCUUCCAGGUCCCAGGGGAACUCACUUCUGGGUACUGAACAUGUGGAGCGGCUACCGGAUGUUGGUAGUAUUGAGACAGUUAAUUCAGGGGCUGUAGUGGACCCUUGCCUUCAAUCAGAUCCUAAUGUCUAGAGUCUUGCUUUAAUUCUCCUGAUUUUGGAAGGGCACGUCCUACUUUUGCCCACCGGUUGGCUAUGUUAAGCUCUUCACAUAUUUGGGGUAUUGGCUUUGGAUAAUCUCACAGGAAACCGAGGUUAAAUCAUCCGAAGACUUGUUUUAAGAAAUCUUCACACGUCUCGGUGGAAGUAGCAAAUCUUAGGUUGGCUGGAAUAUAGUUAACAUUUAUUUUGAUCAUCUUUGCUGUAUUAAUUAUGGAAUUGGGAUAUUGGCUGCUGGGGCGCAAUUCUUAUAUUCUUGUGUCGUCAAAUGACCUUCGUGGUAAUUUUUGUUUCUUUGGUUUCAUUGAAAGUAACCCGUUAUCUACUCGUAUAAUAUAUAUUUUGCACUGUUCAA